AUGUCUGAACAAUUCCAGCAUCUGCUGAAGCCCCUUCAGAUGGGUAAUCUGCAACUGAAGAAUCGGGUUGUCAUGGCAUCUCUGACACGAAACAGAGACAGCGUCCCCCGAGAAAACCUUCAUGUUCCAUACUAUGCUGAGAGAGCGGGCACCGGCCUGAUCCUCUCCGAGGCAGCAUUAAUUUGUCCACAAGGUGUUGAGUGGACUUUCAUGCCAGGCAUCUAUUCUCAAGAACACGUUGAAGGCUGGAAGAAGGUUACAGACGCCGUGCAUGCCAAAGGCGGACUCAUUUUCUGUCAAUUACACCACGUAGGCCGAGUGGCACAUCCUGGAACCCGAGUUCAACGCGAGUCCGGGAAACCUGUGCCAGGCCCAUCUGCAGUUGCUGCCAGAGGUGGCAAGUUUCGCAACGUUCCUGGGGCCCCUGGCUACGUUAUCCCUACUGCAAUUGAGGAUCCCAGGGCCAUCAUAGAGUUGUACAGCAAUGCCUCACGCCUAGCGAAGGAAGCUGGUUUUGAUGGCGUGGAAAUUCACCACGCCAACGGGUACCUUCCUAUGCAAUUCCUGGAAUCUCACAGCAACCAUCGCACAGACGAGUGGGGGGGUUCUUUGGAGAACAGGAUGCGCUUUUCGCUUGCUUGUCUGGCCAAGAUGAAUGAGCACUUCCCCUAUAACAGAAUUGGAGUUAAGAUCGCUCCUUGUGGUGGCUAUAACGAUAUGGGUGAGCUAGACGCCCAAGGAAACCCCUCACCCGAAGUCGCCCUCGAAACCUACGGCGGGUUUUGCACAGAGCUUAAUAAGCUUGGCCUUGCGUAUGUUCAGGUAAUGCGAUGGUGGGCGUCUUAUGAUUUAAUGAUUGAUGGCAAGCCUAGAGGAGUUCAGUGGGAUCCCAUUGCAGCACUGAGGCCAAUCCUAUCCAACACGCUGCUCUUUGGCAACACAGCUUUCACGCCAGAGGAGGCUGAUGAGUGGAUUAAAAAGGGGUACAUGGAUGCUGCAGUUAUUGGCAGACCGCUUCUCUACAACCCUGACUAUGUUGAGAAAAUACAGAGUGGGCAAGCAGCUGCGCUCUACACGGAGCAACCAGGUGAUGAGCACUGGUGGUACAAAUGGAGAAACAACGACAAGAGGGACGGCUAUCUGAACUGGGCAAAGCGAACUAUCGUCCCGGCACAUUUAGCAACAAAGGAUAGGUUAAGUCUAAUUCACGAUUAAAGAGAAGCA